AUGAAGGGGCUUUCCAUCUUAGCUAUCCUCGUGGCUAGAGUUACGACGGUCGUGGCUCACUGGAACUACAACAACCUCAUCGUGAACGGCCAGGUCGUUGGCGAGCCUUACCAGUACGUUCGGCGCACCAACAAUUCGAACCACCCCCUUCAGCUCGUCAACUCCACAGACAUGCGCUGCAACGCUGGCGGCGCUUCUGGCACGAACACAUCGACGUACACGCUCCACGCCGGCGACGAAGUCGGCUUCGGCGUCGAGGAGACCUUCGGCCACCCCGGCAUCCAGCAGGUGUACCUGUCUCGUGCCCCCGGCCUCGCCGCCGACUACGACGGCUCGGGCCCGUGGGCCAAGGUCUAUGCCGCCACGACGCUGGCGAACGCGACAUCCAACCUCACGUUCGGCUCCGAGGGCCUGCUGUGGGCGCCGCGGCGGACGCACUCGUUCCGCUUCGUCCUGCCGGGGCAGACGCCGCCGGGCGAGUACCUGUUGCGCGCCGAGGGCCUGGCGCUCCACGCUGCGCACAAGCUCGACUGCGCCCAGUUCUACGUCGCCUGUGCGCAGAUCCGCGUGCUGGGAAACGGCACGGGGUCCACCGGCCCGCUCGUCCCCAUCCCCGGCGUGUAUAACAACACGACGCCCGGCGUGCUGAUCCCGCAGUUCUGGACCAAGAUCACGGACUACGCCGUGCCCGGGCCGGCGCUGUGGCCGGAGGGGACGGCGGUGCAGCACAGUGUCAAGCAACUAGGUUCUUAG